AUGGGUUUCAUCAUGGAGUUCGCAGAGAACCUGAUUCUCCGUUUGAUGGAGGACCCGUAUAAGCGCGACCAGGUUCGGCGGGAGCAUGUCUACAAGAUGAAGGAGCGGUGCGAGCGCACCAAGGCAGCGUGGAGCCUCCCGCUGCGCCCCUACGGCUUCUGGACCUUCGACCGCUUCAACUCGCAGCUCUCCUGGGACCCGCAGAUCAGCCAGGCUGCCGGUCGUUGGGACCCUUACGACGACCUCAUCACCCUCCACUCUGGCUCCCCGCCGUCUUCCUAA